UUGCCGCAGCGGCCAUCUUUGAUUCCGCCGUAGCGGUGGCGGCUGUAGGGUGCAGCGUCUGGGGAGUGGCUCUCCCCUCCCCCUCCCUCGGUUCGGUGGCGGCGGCUCCUCCCACCGGGGGGUGGCGCGACAGCAGUGGCAUCUACGGCCAUGGCGGCGACUGCUGCUAACCCCGAAAUGACAUCAGAUGUACCAUCACUGGGUCCAGCCAUUGCCUCAGGAAACCCUGGGCCUGGGAUUCAAGGUGGAGGAGCCAUUGUCCACAGGGCUAUUAAGCGGCGACCAGGGUUGGAUUUUGAUGAUGAUGGAGAAGGGAACAGUAAAUUUUUGAGGUGUGAUGAUGAUCAGAUGUCUAAUGAUAAGGAGCGGUUUGCCAGGUCGGAUGAUGAGCAGAGCUCUGCGGAUAAAGAGAGACUUGCCAGGGAAAAUCACAGUGAAAUUGAACGGCGGCGACGGAACAAGAUGACAGCCUACAUCACAGAACUGUCAGACAUGGUGCCCACCUGUAGUGCCCUGGCUCGAAAACCAGACAAGCUAACCAUCUUACGCAUGGCAGUCUCUCACAUGAAGUCCUUGAGAGGAACUGGGAAUACAUCCACUGAUGGCACCUACAAGCCUUCAUUCCUCACUGAUCAGGAACUCAAACAUUUGAUCUUGGAGGCAGCUGAUGGCUUUCUGUUUAUUGUCUCAUGUGAGACAGGCCGGGUGGUUUAUGUCUCUGACUCAGUGACCCCAGUUUUGAAUCAGCCACAGUCUGAAUGGUUUGGUAGCACACUCUAUGAUCAGGUGCAUCCAGAUGAUGUGGACAAACUUCGUGAGCAGCUUUCCACCUCAGAAAAUGCCCUGACAGGGCGUAUCCUUGAUCUGAAGACUGGAACAGUGAAAAAAGAAGGUCAGCAGUCUUCCAUGAGGAUGUGUAUGGGCUCAAGGAGAUCAUUUAUUUGCCGUAUGAGGUGUGGUAAUAGUUCGGUGGACCCAGUCUCCAUGAAUAGAUUGAGCUUUGUGAGGAACAGAUGCCGGAAUGGACUUGGCACUGUGAAGGAUGGGGAACCUCACUUUGUGGUGGUCCACUGCACAGGCUACAUCAAGGCCUGGCCCCCAGCAGGUGUCUCCCUUCCAGAUGAUGAUCCAGAGGCUGGCCAGGGGAGCAAAUUUUGCCUAGUGGCCAUUGGCAGACUGCAGGUAACUAGUUCUCCCAACUGUACAGACAUGAGUAAUGUUUGUCAACCAACAGAGUUCAUCUCUCGGCACAACAUUGAGGGAAUCUUCACUUUUGUGGAUCACCGCUGUGUGGCUACUGUUGGCUACCAACCACAGGAACUCUUAGGAAAGAAUAUUGUAGAAUUCUGUCAUCCUGAAGACCAGCAGCUUCUAAGAGAUAGCUUCCAACAGGUGGUGAAGUUAAAAGGCCAGGUGCUGUCUGUCAUGUUCCGGUUCCGGUCUAAGAACCGAGAAUGGCUCUGGAUGAGAACCAGCUCCUUUACUUUCCAGAACCCUUACUCAGAUGAAAUUGAGUACAUCAUCUGUACCAACACCAAUGUGAAGAACUCCAGCCAGGAGCCAAGGCCUACACUGUCCAACACAAUCCAGAGACCACAGCUAGGUCCCACAGCUAAUUUACCCCUGGAGAUGGGCUCAGGGCAGUUGGCAUCCAGGCAACAGCAACAGCAAACAGAACUGGAUGUGGUAUCAGCAAGAGAUGGACUGGCUGGCUACAAUCAUUCCCAGCCUGUGACAACCGCAGGGCCAGAACACAGCAAGCCCCUCGAGAAGACAGAUGGUUUAUUUGCCCAGGAUAGAGAUCCAAGAUUUUCAGAAAUCUACUCCAACAUCAAUGCGGAUCAGAGUAAAGGCAUCUCCUCCAGCACUGUCCCUGCCACCCAACAGCUAUUCUCACAGGGCAACACAUUCCCUCCUACCCCCCGGCCGGCAGAGAAUUUCAGAAAUAGUGGUCUGGCCCCUCCUGUAACCAUUGUCCAGCCAUCAGCUUCUGCAGGGCAGAUGUUGGCCCAGAUUUCCCGCCACUCCAAUCCCCCCCAGGGAGCAGCCCCAACUUGGACCCCUAGCACCCGUCCAGGCUUCUCUGCCCAGCAGGUGGCUACUCAGGCUACAGCCAAGACUCGUUCUUCCCAGUUUGGUGUGGGCAACUUUCAGACUCCGUCCUCCUUCAGCCCCAUGUCCCUUCCUGGUGCUUCUACUGCAUCACCUGGUGCUGCUGCCUACCCUAAUCUCACCAAUCGUGGAUCCAACUUUGCUCCUGAGACUGGACAGACUACAGGACAAUUCCAGACACGGACAGCAGAGGGUGUAGGUGUCUGGCCACAGUGGCAGGGCCAGCAGCCUCAUCAUCGGUCGAGUUCUAAUGAACAACAUGUUCAACAGCCAUCAGCACAGCAACCUGGCCAGCCUGAGGUCUUCCAGGAGAUGCUGUCCAUGCUGGGAGACCAGAGCAACAGCUACAACAACGAAGAAUUCCCUGACCUAACUAUGUUUCCCUCCUUUUCAGAAUAGAACUAUUGGGGUGAGGAUAAGGGGUGGGGGAGAAAAAUCACUGUUU